AUGCUGGAAAUAUUCAAGAAUAAAAUUGACAAACCGUCUCCAAGCAACGAAUUGAUCUCAUCGCAAACUUUCUUGACCCGAAAGAAACAUUUUCGUGAUACAGAAGAAUGGAAAUUAAAGAAGAGAAGAAUCAUCAGCAAGUUGAAGAUCAUGAGCAAAUUCAAUCUAGCACUUGUUCUUUCACGUUUACCAACGAUCGAUAAAUUGCCGGAUAAAGUCUUGAUGAACAUAUUUUCUUAUUUACCUUCGCAACAGAUGCUUCGGGCUCGGCAAGUCUGCAAAAGAUGGAAACGUGUCGUUGAUAAUCCCGCUUUAUGGAAAUUUGUUUCUUUCCGACAAAAUUAUGGUGGACUUGUGGUGGCUAACCUCGAUUAUUUCUUGGGGUUGAUUGGUUCUCGCUUCUGUGAAUUGAAAAUCACCGAAUUGGCUACUGAUCUGAUCACUCCUUCUGUUCUUCAUGAAAUGGCAAACCGAUGUCUCAAACUUCAAUAUUUAACUUUGGAUUUUUCGACGGCAAUGCAACUUCACGAUUUUACGGAUCUUCAGAGCUUUCCUUCUCGUUUAAAGGGAUUGACCCUCUGCUUGUCAGAAAACAUUUUUCUGGAAGGAUUUCUUCGAAAAGUUUAUACUUUUAUUUCUUCAGUAGAAAUUUUACACAUUGUUGGGACAUAUGAAAAAGUGGAAGACGAAGAGGAAGAAGUUUAUGAAACGGUGAAUGUCCACAAGCUAAAACAAUAUUUGCCUAACCUUCGAGUUGUCAACUUGUGGGGAGUUCCAUUUAUCACCGACGAACAUGUUGAAGCCCUAUCAUCAAAUUGUGCCUAUCUUGAGUGUUUGUGUGUAAAUUAUUGCGAAAAGGUAACAGGGUCUUGUUUGAAGCUAUUGCUUCAAAGAUGCAAAAAAUUGCGGACCUUGUUUUUGGCUCAUGCGAAGCUGGAUAACGCGACAAUUCAAUCAAUUGAAUGGCAAAAUACAAAAGUUGAAGAACUUGACAUUAAAGGUACCGAAGUGAGUGCAGACACGAUUAUUUCAAUUCUGACAAGAUUGCCAAAUCUGAGAUGGUUGGACGCAAGUUGGCUCGAAAACUUUAACGAUUCGGUUUUGGAGGCAUGGAUGGCUUCAGGGACGGCAAGUAACAUACAGUAUCUCAAUUUAGAUACAUGUGAUUCUUUGAAUGAAAAUUGUUUGUCAGAAUUUGUCAUGCGACAUGGUCAUCAACUUCGUGGAUUGAACCUUGGUGGGCAUCAUAAAUUGCUUGAGUAUUUCUGGAUCAACAUGAUUCCACAAAUGAGAAAUAUAAACGUGCUGGUAAUGGGAAUUGCCGAAGAUUGUUGUCCAAAAGUAACAGCCAAAAUACACGUCGAUCAAUUUAUUGAUUGCAUUGCUGGAAAUUGUCCCCGAUUGGCGAGACUGGAGAUUCGAUGGGAUGAUGAUACGUUAAGGUUUUCCGAUAAAUCAAGUAAAUUUAUUGAUGUGAUGAGGCUCAAAUGCUUGAAAUUGCACUCAAUGGUACUCUCCGAUGGCCAAUAUUAUGAGCUUGUUCGGUCAAAUUUCGAAAGAGCUGACCGAAUGUCAGUUGUGAGAACGACAGAAAUGUGUCGAACCGGUCUUCUCAAUUGUUCUCGAUAUUAUAAUCAAUUGCUUUUUAAU